AUGUUGAAGCCAAGAAGAGAGAGCAUUUUCGUGCGAUGGAUACUAACGACGGUCUUCAUCGUUAGCACCCUGUCUGCAUUGGUAAUCCUUCUUCAGCCCAGAUACCGGAGUCUACCGAAAAGCAGCGGGAUACAAUUCAAGAGUAGCAAAACGCUACCAAACGAGCGUUACAUCCUCGCCUUCGGCGACUCCUACACCCGAGGCGGCAUGAAAUUGAAUUACACAUACACCAACACCGGACCGGGCAUGUACGAAAUGGACCGAGUCGACCGAGUCAAAGGCAAACUCCCCGGCCCCAGCGCCAAAAACCCCCUCGGAAACCCAAAAUUGCCAGGCAUAACAUCAUCCGGCGGGAUGAACUGGGCAGGGUACAUGGCAACCGAGUUCAACAGCACGCUUACGCUCCUCUACAACUUCGCCCGGUCGGGCUCCACCGUCGACGCAGAGGUAAUACCGCCUCGAGUCGAUAAGAGGUUUAGCUUCGCAAAUCAGAUCGUUCAUUUCAAUGACACGAUUGGGCAUAAGCCUGAUUAUGCUGUGUGGACUGCUGAGAACACCGUUGCGACGAUCUGGUUUGGGAUCAACGAUAUUACGCUUACUUAUAAGAAGCGCAGUAUUGAGAAGAAGUAUAUCAAUGCAGUUUGGCGAAUCUUUGACUUGUCGGAUAUACUAUACGAGAUGGGGAUCCGACAGUUUGUUUUCAUGGAAGCGCCACCAUUUGAUUUGACUCCGACACGGCAAAACGCGAAAUUCAAAUACAACGAGACGAGCAACUAUCACGAGCUGCUCCAAUACGGGUUUCACAUAUGGAAUCAAAAUUUGAGAAAAGGCACUGCCGCGUUUGAACGACGGCACCCUGAUGCGAGUGUUGCAUAUGUUGAGGUGUGGGAUAUAUUCUACCAGGCUUUCUUGGACCCUGCAAGUAUGGGAGCGCCAAAUGCUACUUGUGUUGAUCCUAAGGGAAAGAAAUGUCUAUGGGCGAAUACUUCGCAUCCUGGUACUAGGAUUCACCAUCAUAUUGGGAGGAGGGUUGCCAAGGCCGUGUCCUGGAAAACGGUUUCUCCUUCCUAUUGA